AUGGCGUUUUCGUCGUCGUCGUCGGAGUCCAAUUUUGGUUCUUCGUCGAGGUCCCUCAAAGAUGCAGCUUUCACGGGCAUCAAUAGUCCUUCAGAAGCAGGGAGCCAAGGAAAGCCUCCUAGCGGGCCACAAUUCGACAUCAUAGCGUGGUUCCCUAGGUACCAAAGCUGCCAGCGCUACUUCAUUGACCACGCGCAACAUGAGCCACUCGUUCAGGCCUUCGCAUCCUUUAUCAAUAUCCUCUUACCGUUCCAGAGGCUUCCGCACCCGGUCUACAGCACGAGUGGAUCUCGAAGCGGGAAAGCGCGACUAGACAGAGGAGAGCCCGUCAGAGCGUCCUCUUCUGAAGCCGCGGCGGCGGCUUCGGCCGUGUCCUUGAUCCCCUAUCUGCGCCGCCUGGUGGUUACGGGAAUGGAUGUGCCUCAGGUGCUGCACGGUUUCUUUGGCGACGACUGGAGAGCCGGAAUCGGACCACAGAGAGAACAAGAGAGGCGGAACUACCUUUUUGCCGCAAAGAGCGGCGGAUGGGCUUCAGUCAAGAAGGACUAUGAUAUGCUACCGCUGGAAACAGUGCCCUUCAUGCGACCGCUCUACAACCCGACCGAUGGUGAGCUUGAAGCCGCUGAGAACAGCUGGAGUGAAUGGCUGGCUCUUGAAGAUUGGAUGGUCGGUUCACGUGCGCCAGGUCACAGUGGUGACAUCUCUUGA